AUGCCCGAAGGGGAAUUAUGGUCUACUUCAGUCACCGCCAACGAUCCCGAGCAUAUCAAGGCCAUGCCAGCCGUUCUUUUGUCCACUAUCGAACUGCUGGAGAUGGAACUGGCCAAUGCUAGAGCUGCGCUCCAGAAACUCCAGCCCAAUGCUGCCCCCGUGUUCUCACGAAGAGAUGAACUCGCUCUAGGUGCGAUGACUGCUUAUCGCCAAAACCUCAUCGGCCGCGCCCCCGAUUUCUUUUACGGUACUAGUCGGUUGACCUCAAAAGAAUUGGGGCUUGUGCCAGUAGUUGAGGAAGUGCUACCGGAUGAUGAUGAGGGCAGUGACGGGGCGGCCAAGGAAGACACUGCGAAACCCCAACCCAUAACUACUGUACUGCGUAAGCCGGCUACCCUCAUCGAUGUUUUGUCGAAUAAUGUGAUUCUCGACCAUAUCGCCCCUUAUUUAUCGACCCCGGCUUUGUUUGCCGUGGCCUCGACCUCGCGUGUUCUUAGAUCUUUGGUGAUAGACACGCCAUACGUUUUCCGGCAUCUCGAUCUGAGCCGAUGUCGCGGCGCCUGCUUUGCCAAUGAAUUACCAGAGAACCUUGAGGCUCAGGUUGCAGAGGAAGUUCAGCUGAGUGACGCACUUACAGCGGAUGGCUUCUAUGCGGCACCUUUACGAGGCAUCUUUGACCACCUCGAACGAAAAUCAAUCCUGCAAGAUGUGCGGACACUGAUCAUGGACGGGCUAUCGGUGCCGGCCGAAUUGAUUGCCGACAUCAUUCUGACAGAUCGUUUCAACAUCAAUAUUCUGUCGAUAAGGGAGUGCCGGCAUCUGAACGAGCGUAAGUUGAUGCAGGUGCUGAACUAUGCGGUCAGGCCUACACGCCCGAAAGGAACCCUGCGUUUGAAGGGGAUAUAUCAUUUUACACCCAUGGCACAAUCGCGUGGUGCCGUACGCAGUAACUACCGUGACUGGUGGAACUCUAGAUGCUCCAGCCAAGGAUCAAGCGAGCCUUCCACCCCUGGAGAAAGUCCAGUAUCACGUGGCGAGCCAACGAGAGAUGCAUGCAGUCAAAAUCCCUGGUACUACCCGUCAGGCAAGAUGUUCAAGCGGAAGAUAGACGAAGGGUGGGCAGAAACAAUCCAGAAGUGUGAGGGUAUCAUUGCCUUCGACGCUGUGCUGUGUCGGGGUCCGCGGCACAAUGUUGAAUUGCACGAUCCAAGCUUACCGAAUGACGAGAGUCCCCAGCCAGAGAGUCGAAUGCUUGCGCCGGCAAUAGCUACUGUUGCACUUGGUCCCGGAGGAUGCGAUGGAUGCCACUCAGUACCCGAGGGACCGGCGAUUUGGGGCGAAUCCCUCGAGGAGCGAUUUCCUCUGCUUGCGCCACCUCCACUGCAUUCAUCCACAGUGGCAGCAGCGAGACGCCCUGCGUUCAUUCUUGACAAGCAAGCUGCGUUAAUAGCCCGGUGUACAGAAUGCCUAACCGAUCGCUGGUGCCAUCGUUGUAAUAAAUGGUUUUGCACCGAUUGUUUGCCACAUCCAGAGCGCGUAAGAAGCAAUCUCACUCCGCAUCAGACUGCUACCAGAGGACCCAGAGGGGACGGUUCGAAUAUAGGCGGGCCUGGUUGUGCCAUGUGCAAGGCGGAGUGCCAACGGACAUGCAACACCUGCCAAGGAGUUUACUGUGUUGAGCACAAUGAAGGGUGCUCAUCAACCCUGGUAUGUGAUAAAAUCACACUGCCCCAGUCGGCUCUGGAGCAACUCCUUGCCGCGGCCCCGCUUCAAGACACCGUCUCGCCUGCUCCUGCGCAUCCUUUCACCACCGCCUUCGACCCCUUCAAUCCCUACACAUUUGAGACCGAGUUGCGAGCACGCGAUCGCGCCACAGAGCGCCAACAUCAGCUACCUCAACCGCUGACAUUCCGCAUCGUGAAUUCUCAAAAUGACCGCGUGGUCUAUGCGGGUAUUCGAGAAUUUUCCUCAAGGGAAAAUGAGAUCGGAUUGAGCACCUUCCUACGAGGCGCUCUCGGAUUGGACAAUUCCCCGCCAUUACCUUUAGAAGAAAAUGCUGCCUCGAACAUGCCAGAGAAGUCCCCAUCUGCUACAGUGACGGUGCACGCACAUCAGUUACCGAAGGGCACGUAUGUGCGCUUGCGCCCGCUUGCAGCCGGAUACGAUCCGGAAGACUGGAAGGCCCUGUUGGAGCGGGUGCUACGUGACAGCUAUACGACUCUUACUAUCGGCGAGGUCUUGAACGCAGUUAGCGGCCAGGGUGAGCCGUUCCGUUUUCUGGUCGACAAGGUGGAACCUGAGGGCCCCGGAAUAUGUGUUGUGGAUACGGAUCUGGAAGUUGACAUUGUUGCUUUGACUGAGGAUCAAGCAAGAGAAACUUUACAGAAACGGCUAGAAAGGUCAUCUCACAGCAUGGGCAGUAAGAAUGGUACUUCUCCGGGCGGUGAACUCCACAUUGGCCAUUCGGUCACUGGCCAACUAGCACCGGGUGAUUAUGUCGAUUACGAGCUUGCCAGAUGGGAUCGUAGAGCACCCCUCGAAAUUCGUGUUGAAGGUCUUGACGAUGCAGAUGUGUACGUUUUCGCCAGCCCACUUUCCGCUCGUCAAAGGAACCGACCAAGGGUGGACGAACAUGUUUUUGGUGACUUCUCAACGCAAUUUUUGAAGCGACUGAAGAUCCAACCAACAAAUACCGAGCUCGAGAGCGCCGAUGCUCUAUACAUCUCGGUUCAUGUCUUGAUGCCUUACGCCUCCUCGAUACAAGGUUCCGGGGCAAGCCCACCGGUGUCUUACAAGCUGCAGCUCUCAAAUGGCACGGCAAUCGAGGAAGACGGGCCUCAUGUGCGCGAGGGUCCAAGUGAUCAUGAGCCUGAGGACGUGCAGUGUAAGAACUGCCGCCAGUGGGUGCCACAGCGGACCCUGGUGCUUCACGAGAAUUUUUGUCUCCGGAACAAUGUGUAUUGCCCUCAAUGCCAUAAUGUCUUUCAGAAGCGUUCUCCCGAAUGGCAUGACCAUUGGCACUGUCCACAUGAUCCAUCUUAUGGAAACAGUCCUUUGGACAAGCAAAAGCACAAUGACCUCUUCCAUACCCAGCAUUCUUGCCGCGCUUGUGGAUACCAGGCAGUGAGCCUCCCGCGCCUUGCCCAACAUCGCACGACUGUUUGCCCAGCCAAGCCUAUCCUCUGCCAAUUCUGCCACCUUGUGGUGCCCCAACGGGGCGAGUCAGAUCCUAGCAUGGAAGAUCCAGAAGUUUUAGUUUCUGGUCUUACCCCGCACGAGCUGGUGGAUGGAGGACGGACCACGGAAUGCCAUUUAUGCAACAAGAUUGUUCGAAUGCGGGAUCUAAAGACUCACCUACGCCAUCACGAUCUGGAGCGUUUGUCUCGGCCCCCACCUCGGAUCUGUUUGAACGAGAACUGCGGCCGGACUCUGGUCGGCCGCGGGACGCAGAAUGCGAAUCACCUGGGCCUAUGCAGCAUUUGCUUUGGUCCACUUUAUGUGGACACUUAUGAUCCAGAGGGAAAGGCUUUGCGACGACGCAUUGAGCGUCGGUAUCUUUCUCAGAUGUUGUCAGGGUGCGGUAAAUCCUGGUGUCAGAAUGAUUAUUGCAAGACAGGGAAGCAAGCUAGGCAGCCUAGCGAAUCAUUCACUCCGACAAGUGCUGCAGCCAUCCUCGCGGCAGUGCGGCCAUUGAUCGACGCAGUCAAUCUUCAAGGCUAUACGCCGAAUACAGCGUCUUUCCACCUAUGUACGGAUCAAGUAGGCCAGCAACGACGCUCGCUCGCGGAAUUACUCGCCGCAGAAGCUGCAGCAGGAGAGGGGAAAUCUUAUGACCUGGCAUGGUGUGUUGCUGCCGUCGAAGCUUCUGCAGGCAAUCUUGAUCGAUCGCGCGAGUGGCUGGACAACUGGGCUCCGGCUCGUGGCGAGAAAACAAGUAUGUUCACGUAG